AUGAUUCAAGAAAGCGGCGCGAACCAACGACUGUCGGUACUUAAUCAGCGGCCCUCGAUCUUGAGCGGGCCAGACCUUCUCCACGAGCUUGUACGUCCACUUGAUCACGAUGCAACUGCUAUCGAUUUCCUGGAAUAUGGAUCGAAAAGGCGGAAGUUCUCCUACAAGGACUUACAUAGUCUGAGCGAUGCCCUGGCUGGCAGUAUCACAGAAAGACUGGCAAAGCUCGAAAGUGCCUCGCCUGUCAUUCCGGUCUUCCUACCACAGUCCCCAGAACUGUAUAUCGUUCUUUUGGCCAUCUUGAAGGCGGGAAAGGCAUUCUGUCCUCUUAAUCUCGAUACACCUACACAGCGGCUGAAGUUUAUCCUCGAUGAUAUUUCUGCCGACCUGCUCAUCACAUCUUCGAUUCUAGAUGAGCGGAUACGAGCAGCGAUCAAUAUCGAUGUAGUCUCGGUUGACAAAGAACUCUGCGACCGCGAGGCCCAGCCUAUAAUCGAUUUGCGGCGACCAAACACCAAGGAUCUGGCCUAUGUACUGUACACCUCCGGCUCUACCGGGAAGCCAAAAGCUGUCAGCACGUUUGAUGUUUCCAUUUUUGAGAUAUUCUUUCCCUGGUUCCGAGGGCGAACCUUGGUGAGCAGCACACGUGCCCACAUGCUCGAUGACCUUCCAGGAGCCAUCAACAAUCUAGAGGUCGAUGCAGCUGAACUUACGCCAACAGUCGUGAGCAACCUUCUUCAAGGCAGGUCCAGCGUGCCCGGACUCAAACUGUUACUUACCAUCGGUGAGAUGCUCACCCAACACGUCAUUGAUGAGUAUGGUGGCGACGAAACGAAGGAAAGUAUGCUAUGGGCCAUGUACGGGCCGACUGAAGCCUCGAUCCACUGCACGCUGCAGCCACAGUUCUCGACACAUUCGUCAACUAGCAUCAUAGGUCGUCCCUUGGAUACUGUUUCGGCUUUCAUAAUCGCGCCUAUGAAUGAAGAACGACCAUCGGCCGACAUCGAGAUACUGAGUUCCGGAGAAGUUGGUGAACUAGCCAUUGGAGGACCCCAGGUUGCCGAAGAAUAUUUAAAUCGCCCAGAUCUCACUUCUGCAUCGUUCAUCGAACAUCCGGAACAUGGUCGCUUAUAUCGUACCGGCGAUCGCGCAAGAAUCAACCGCCACGGCGUCUUGGAAUGCUUGGGUCGUGUCGUUGCUGGUCAAGUAAAGCUUCGAGGACAACGGGUUGAGCUCGGCGAAAUUGAACAAGCUAUCAUGAGGAUACAGAGCUGUCGGACAGCAACCGUAAUCAUUGUCGAAGAGUCUCUGGUUGCCUUUUGCGCUGCCGACUCGAGCGAAGUCACCCGCGCAGAUGUCCUCGCUACCUGCAACCAAUGGCUUCCGGCAUUUAUGAUUCCAUCACACGUAUACUUCAUCGAUACAAUGCCGCAGCUACCGUCGGGAAAGAUUGACAAAGACUCUCUUGCAAAAACACAUCUUCACAAGACUAACUCUACUGGACUGUCUACGUCUACCACCAUAUCCCCAGGCGAUCAUGUGAGCCAAUCAGUCCUGGAAACCGUUGGUCGUCACAUCUCUCAAGACCUUGGAUCAGAUACCGACCUUAGCUCUGCUGGUCUGGAUUCCCUUCGAGCUAUUCGCAUAGCGUCUGCGCUACGUCGACAAGGAUUCGUCCUAGGAGCGAUGGAAGUACUAUCUGCGAGAACAUUGAGCGAUCUCGUUGCGAUAUGUAGAAGUUCUACGCAAAGCGCUAAUCGGCAUAAUCCGACGCAUCACUCUGCGAAGAUGACCGGCACCGUAGAGAUCCCUCAGCUCAAGCGAUGGAAGAAUGAUAUUGCAUCCGUGAUACCCUGUACUCCAUUGCAGGAAGCCAUGCUUGCGGAGACGAUAUCCAGGCCUACUGCCUACUGCAACCGGAUCGAAGUUGAGCUAUCAGUUACGCGGACGUAUGAAGAUAUCCGAAACGCCAUGGACUACUUGGCCAGUAAGAGCGAGAUCCUGCGUACCGGCUUCGUUGCGGCAUCGCAGCACGCAGGAACGUUCUCGCAGAUUAUUUGGAGAGCAUUACUGCCAUCACAGAUUCAGGAAGUUGAUGUCUUUUCGAAGUCUUACUCAAUGAGCUCCGAUGAAGACUUUCUUCGUCCCUUCCACGUACAAGUUAUGUCGAUAUCUGGACGACCUCGUCUCUUGUUCCGCAUACAUCAUGCACUGUACGAUGGCUGGUCAUUCGAUCUAUUGCUCCACGAUCUCGACACACGGUUGCAUGGAGAGGAAACAGUAUCGCGGCCACAAUUUCGUGAUGUAGUCCAGUACUUCACCCAACUCAGGCCGGAGGAUCAAGAAGUACCCAAGAGCUACUGGAGUAGUCUUCUCAAUGGCUACCUUCCGGUGGCCCUCCCUAAUUACCAUGGAAAGCUCGUUCGCGAUCCGGCGACACAUCACUUUUCGGGCCGUUCUGCUAUCAACAGAUCCAGACUACUCCAGCGAGCUCAGGAGAUGGCUGUCAACCCCCAGGUUUAUUUCCAGGCGGCUACUGCGUACAUACUCAGCCUUUAUAGCGGCACAAACGAUAUAGUUCUUGGAAACGUUACCUCAGGGCGGACCAUUCCCAUCGCUGGUGUUGAGGAUGUUAUCGGCCCAUGCAUCGCAACCGUCCCUUUCCGCAUAAAUCUCAGUAAAACGCUCGACAUUCAUGAUCUAUUGCGUACGACCCAAGCAUUGAAUAGAGAAUGUCUGAGCCACAGCACCCUUCCUUUCCGGGAAAUAGUGAAGGCGGGAAAUAUCCCACCUGGGACACGACUCUUCGACGUUCUGUUUGUAUGGCAACAGUCAAUCAUCUCCGACUCAAGCUCGUCGCUCGCUUCAAGAGUCAUCGAUAGCGCGGACGAUCUGGAAUUUAGGCUUACGCUGGAAUUCGAGCCGCGCGAAGACAACAUAUUUUUCCACGCUACGUACGACGCCUCAACUAUACCGGAGCAUCAGAUCAAGUAUCUCUCUCGUCAGAUCGACGAGAUAGUGAACCUGCUCUUAUCGAAUGCCAACCAUGGCAUCGAUGCCAUGAAACGAUGCUUCACCACGCCUUCCUUGUCAAUUGCCAAUCCCACGCCUCGACAGCAAACUAUAGAGCAUGGUCCUGCCCAUGCGAUAGAACAAUGGGCUCUGAAGGAUCCGCGAAGGUCAGCUCUCAAAUUUGCUCGCGUCAGACGUGGUGUCGUGGAAGUCGAAGAGGUGGCGACCUAUGGUCUGCUCAACACACGCGCUAACCAAUUUGCCCGUGUCCUCGCCGAUCACGGCGUAGGCGACGAUCAAUUGGUUUGCAUAAUGAUGGAAAAGUCCAUUGAUCUUUACAUCUGUAUCCUUGCUGUGCUCAAGCUUGGUUGCGGAUAUCUACCGAUAGUCCCUGACACGCCGAUCGACAGAGUCAGAAGCAUCCUGGACGACGCGCAAGUAACGGUAUGCGUUUCCGACACAACAACUGCAACAAGCGUUCGAAAUCAUCUUCUCGUCGAUAUAAUUGAGUUCAAUACCCCUCAACUUGCGAAACAAUUUGAUCAGAACCUGGACGUGCCAUAUAGCGGACAGCAUCUCGCCUAUGCUGUAUUCACUUCCGGCAGCACUGGAGCGCCCAAGGGAGUUCUCGUUACCCAGGAUAAUCUCAUGAGUAACUUGGAAUACCUUUCAACUAUAUACCCCGUUCAUGCGGGUUCAUGUUUGCUUCAGUCUUGCUCGCAAGCAUUUGAUGUCAGUGUUUUCGAGAUCUUCUUCUCAUGGCAUGUUGGUAUAUGCCUAUGCACGGCAACGAAAGACGACUUGUUUCACGACUUUGAGGCCGCCAUCAACUGUCUGGGCGUCACACAUCUAAGUUUGACGCCAACAGUUGCAGCAUUGGUAGAUCCAGUGAAUGUUCCGAAAGUCGAAUUCCUGGUGACUGCUGGAGAAGCUUUGACGGAACACGUUCGAAGAAUGUGGGCAGGCAAAGGCUUGUACCAAGGCUACGGUCCUUCUGAGACCACAAACAUAUGCACUGUACGGGCGGCGGUAACUCCGGAUGAUCUGAUCAACAACAUCGGUAUGCCUUUCGAUAAUACUUCAGCCCUCGUGCUCGAUCCCGAGAGCGAGGCAAUUCUCCCCCUCGGUGCCGUGGGUGAGCUUUGUUUCGGAGGUUACCAGGUUUUCCGUGGCUAUUUGAACCGACCGGAGCUGAAUGCCGCGAAGAUCAUCAACCACUCUACCUAUGGUAGGAUAUACCGGUCAGGCGAUACAGGUAUACUACUCCCGGACGGGUCCAUACUUUCCAAAGGCCGUAUGGAUGAUCAAGUCAAGAUUCGUGGUCAGCGUGUCGAACUCGGUGAGAUAACGUCAGUGAUGCUCGAUCAUCAGGCAGUGCAAGACUGCGUUACCCUUCUCCUGCCGCGUUCCGACGAUACUCAAACACUGGUAGUGUUCUGGGUACCCAACGGAGCUGCAUCUGACUCUUUCCAAUGUUUGGCGCCCUUGGAGUUUGAAUCGGUGAUAUCGGAUCUGUCUGAUCUGCUAUCGCGUCGUCUGCCUUCGUACAUGGUUCCCUCGCAUCUCGUUCCCGUUUCGCGCCUUCCCAUGACAAUGCAAGCCAAGAUCGACAAGGCUCUCCUUCAACGCACAUUCUGGGACUUAGCGGAAGAAGAACAGGUCGCCUUGCAAUGGACGCAGGAUGAUGCAAAGGCUGAGGUCUUCUCGCCAUGGGAAAAAGCCGUGGCCCAGGUUCUUUCAUCCACACUGAACACCUCACCGGAAGGAAUACAACGGACGUCGUUAUUCUUCAGCCUGGGGCUAGAUUCAGUUUCAGCUAUACGCUUCUGCAAUGGACUUCGAAAACAAAACUUGGGUGACUUCUCUAUCUCUACAGUAUUAAAGAACGCUUCAAUCGCUCGUCUCGCAUCCGUCUAUCAACUACAUUCGCGCCCUUCAACUCGAGAAACGGCCAGGCAUAAUACCGUCAGCCUAGACAAGUUCUUGAGCCCGGAAGAAGUGUCUCGUGUUCUUGCGCGUUACAAUCAAAGCGAAUCCCAGGUGGCAAAGAUCCUACCAUGCACACCACUUCAAGAGGCUAUGCUUUCAAGUGGCCAGCCGUCCUCACACUCGGCGUACUGCAACAUAAUGCUUUUCGACGUCAAAGGAGAUGUCUCCCGGUUGCAGGAGUCCUGGAAGAGUAUGUUACGGCGACAUGAGAUCCUUCGCACAUGUUUCGUUGCUACUGAAAACCCGUCAUUCGCCUUCACGCAAGUUGUGCUACGCAAUACCGACUUGAAAUGGCAUCACUACAGCACCCUGGACGGUCUACCGCCGCGUAUAAACAGUGUUAUUUCUGAAAACCUAGCAGCCGAAAGCCCUCCAAUUCACCUCGCGUUGAUACAAGACGGACAAUCAACAAAGCUACUUUUUGGCUGCCAUCAUGCGCUCUACGACGGCAUUGCUAUCUCUACGCUCAUUCAAGAAGUACAAGACACAUAUCUCGGUAUCAAAAUCCCGCCACCGGUGUCUUACGAUGUGUAUCUGCAGUACAUGCUCCAGCAAGACUAUGCAGAGGGCGAUAAAUAUUGGGCCACUCUAUUGAGCGGGUUUGAGCCUGCUCUCUUUCCCAGUCUUACCGGCAAAGAUUCAAGAGCCCAAGGAAACCCUGCAUCUUCAUCGAAAUGUCUACAACUACGACUCUCCACCAUACGCACAGCAUGUCAAGACAUGUCGCUGUCAUUACUGUCGGUAGUGCACGCGGCUUGGGCCAAGCUUCUGCACUUCUACACGGGCGAAAACGACAUUUGCUUCGGAAACGUCGUUAAUGGACGCAAUAUCUCCAGCGACGACCUUGAUCGCAUCGUUGCUCCUUGCUUCAACACCCUACCCGUCCGCAUCAUUCUCGAUCCUCAGCAAACUAAUGACGCUUUGAUGCGCCUAGCCCAUUCUAUCAGCAUCGAGUCGCUAGCUCAUCAGUUGACACCGCUCCGUCGCAUACAAAGCACUGUACUCCGGGAGGGCGGCCGUCUUUUUGACAGUUUGGUGAUACUCCAGCAGCCGAAAACAACUUUGGACUCUACUAUCUGGACACUUGAACAAGAUCUGGGUGACAUGGAUCUACCCAUCGUAUGCGAGCUUGUUCAAGAUCCGGUCCGGAAUACUCUAGAGUUAUCGCUACACUACCAGACAUCACUGUUGUCUGAAGUGGAAGCUCGGCUGGUCAUGGAAACAUUUGACACCUGCAUCUCAUCAUUGCUUGCGUUCCCGGGAAUGAGUUCUUCCGACAUAAGCCCACUGCCAGCUCACCUUCGAGCAGAGUCCAACAUGGAUUAUGAGCAAUGCCAAACCGACGCGGUCUUGCUACAUUCAGGUUUCGAACGCAUAGCGGCAACGCACCCUGACCGUAUCGCCUUGGAAUAUUUGCUCCCAGAUGGUAGCAAGACAGUUUGGUCUUUCGCGACUUUAAAUGAAAAAGCGAACUCUGUUGCGCACGCACUCAUUGGGCAAGGGGUUGGUCCAGAUGAUAUCGUCCCCAUCCAUAUGCUGAAGAGCCCUUGUUUCUAUGCAAGCAUUCUAGGAGUUAUAAAAGCUGGGGCUGCUUUUGCACCGGUAUAUCCAGGACUGCCCGAAGCACGCAGACGGAUUAUGUUUCAAGAGUUGAAGCCAAAGCUUGUGCUUUGCUCGGAUACCUCGACACUGCCCGAUCAUCUAAUCGAAGCGAGGAUUGUCAAUGCUGAAGCAAUACCAUCUGUGCCGCAUCAUAAUCCUGUCAUUGAUGGCCUCGUGGACACAAAUCUAGCCUAUUGUUUGUUCACCUCUGGCUCUACAGGCGUACCGAAAGCGGUCAGCAUGGAACAUCGCGCUCCUGUCCAAACCAUCGCAAGCUCAGAUUUCCGUAUUCCCUGGAACCCUUCUUCACGACUGCUACAAUAUGCGGCUGUAACUUUCGAUAUGUGCUACUACGACUGUUUCUUGGCUUGGACCCAUGGGUUCACGCUCUGUGCCACUAACCAGAGUGACUUGUUGAACGACCUACCGAAAGUCAUCAACUCUUUGCAGGUCAACUUGCUCGACCUGACGCCUUCAGUAGCGGUUUCUCUCAAAAGAUCUGAUAUACCGAGCGUCAAGUGGUUGUACUGCAUCGGAGAAGCCAUGGCACACGCUAUCGUCAAGGAGUGGGGCGAUUCAUGCGUCAACUCGUACGGGCCUACUGAAGCUGCAUUCUGUACGACAAUAAGCCCUGUAUCAGUAAACGGUCGUGUUUCAAUUAUCGGCAAACCCUUCCCAAGCACAUCUUUCGCCAUCUUCUCGGCAAGAGGUAAAUCGAUCUUGCCUGUGCUGAGCACUGGCGAACUAUACAUUGGAGGCGCACAACUCGCACGAGGCUACCUCGGCAAUCCCGAUCUGACAAGCGAACGAUUUGUCAUUUGGGGUGGGCAACGCUUUUAUAAGAGCGGAGACCUGGCGAGGAUGCUCAGUGACGGCAGUUUCGAAUUCGUAGGACGCACGGACGAUCAGGUCAAGAUACGCGGGCUUAGGGUAGAGCUCGGAGAGAUCAACCAUGUCCUCCAGAAUGCUCAUCCAGAUGUCGCGUUUGUCACUACACAGAUCUUGAAAAAGCAGGAGACAGACAGGGACCAGCUCGUGGCAUUUCUGAUUACGCAUGGCAAGAUCGAAGAGAGCGAGCUCAAAACGAUUGCAAGCAGCCAGCUACCGUCGUACAUGGUACCCCAGUUCUUUGUCUUCGUCGACGAGAUUCCGCGAUCAAUGGCUGGGAAAAUUGACAAGAAAGCGUUGACAAACAUAUUCCGAGACCACAUCGGCACGGAAUUGCUAACCAAUGGGUUUCAACAUGGCUCAGAUCAUCAAUGGACACAAGGUGAAAUCGAGGUGAGGGACGUUCUUGCGCGACUGUCCGAUGCUUCGCAAAAAGAGAUCUCCCCGACAACCUCCAUUUACCAGCUCGGUCUUGACAGCAUCAGCGCAGUUCAAAUCGCAGCAGCACUUCGAAAGCAGGGUUACUCCGUGAGUGCUGCCGAUGUCCUGAAUCACACCACAUGCGCCGAUCUUGCCGAGUUCAUUGGCCAGGCGAAGGCAUCGGAUGCGUCUGCACUUCCGCAUAUUAACUUUAGUGCUUUCGAAGGCAAGCACAAGGUGGGGGUACUAAGCGACCAUAGCAUCUAUGAUGGGGAUGUCGUAGCCGUUCGUCCUUGCACUCCACUCCAGAAGGGCAUGAUAUCGCAAUUCCUCGCGACAGAAGGAGCUGUGUAUAUGAAUCACAUCCGUAUGCAGCUGGAAGUGGAUACAGACCUCGAAAGGCUCAAGAAAGCGUGGGAUAUGACGAGAGAACGCCAUAGUACAUUGCGCAGCGGAUUCGCUCAGAUCAAAGAUCCGCUUCACGCCUUCGCAAUGAUUGAGUAUACUCCAACUUCGACAAACCUGCCAUGGUCUACCACCUCAAGCACUACAUCCGACCCGAUCGAUGAAUGGCUCAAAGGAUUACAACGUGCAUUCUUGCAAGAUUUACAUUUGCCUCCUUGGUCAUUACGCAUCAUCCAAGAAGAGGGUCACUUCGCUCUUGAUCUGGCCAUGUUUCAUGCUCUCUUCGAUGCCCAAAGUCUUCAGUCCAUCUUAAAUGAUGUUACUGCUGCAUAUGAGGGCCGCGGUUUAUCGUCGCCUACAUCUAUCGACACAACCAUUAGUAGCAUUAUACAGCUCAGCGCUACAAGCACUGAAGACGGAGAAGCAGUAUGGAAUGAGAUUGGGAAGGCUGCAAGUCCAUGUCGCUUUCCCAAUCUCACACCUUUAAGAUAUGAUCCAAGCUCCCCAUCCGUUUGCACUCGUCAAUCCACGAAACCGCUUCAUGUUCUUGAGGAUGGCUGUCGAAAUGCCAACAUCACUAUGCAAGCUGCAGGUAUCGCGAGUUGGCUUUCAUUGUUGAGUUCUUACACUGGAGAAAGCUCGGUAACAUGCGGCGUCGUCUUAUCCGGCCGAACCUUUGACGGAGCUGAGGAUGUCGUCUUUCCAUGUAUCAACACAGUACCCGUGGCAUGCACUGUUUCAAAAGACAUGGCUGCGACUCUUACUAACAUCAUGGCGUUGAACAACCAAAUCCAGCAAUAUCAAUUUACGCCACUCAACAAGAUCCAGAGACUUAUGGGCUUUCCCAACGAAGCAUUAUUCGACACAAUUUUCGCUUACCAGAAGCUGCCUAGUCGUACAGAACCUAGCCGUUUGUGGAGAGUUGUUGAAGAGAAUGCGGCUAUUGAGUACCCGAUCUCGAUCGAACUGGAACCAAUGGAAGGGUACUUGGAGUACCGCCUUACUUUCUUGCCUCAUAUCGUACCAAAGGAGCAGGCCGCUCUGAUCCUCGAGCAGCUAGACCACCUGAUGGAAAGCUAUACGUCAAGCACCACUGCGAUGGAGGCCCACUUCUCUGAACAACUAUAUUCUAUCACACCUGCUAAAGAUCCCGAACUGCCAUCAGAUGUUAGGUUACUCCACGAGCUGGUCGAGAGCACUGCGACGAAGUACCCGAGGCGCGUCGCGUUUGAGUUCGUUUCCGCGAACGAUCAAGGCUCACGUACUAUUGAGCAAUGGACGUAUGCUGAGCUAGAUGCUGAGGGGAACAGAAUUGCUCACCUUGUCACUGCGCAUGGUGUGCAGCCUGGUAGUCUGGUUGGUGUGUGUUUCGACAAAUGUCCUGAAGCAUCUUUCGCCAUGCUGGGAAUAUUGAAGGCUGGCUGCGCUUAUGUCGCUAUCGACCCUGGUGCGCCUGCUGCACGCCAGGCUUUUAUCGUUGAAGACUCGCGCGCUCAAGCUGUUUUAUCUCUAUCUUCUCAAGCUGAUCAGUUUGAGGGCAACGUUAGUGUGCCAGUACUGAAGCUUGAUGAGAUCGACUGGCGUUCACUACCAGGAUCUUCGCUUUUGCGCAACGACCGGAUCAGUUCCCAGGAUCGUAGCUACUGCUUGUACACUUCUGGUACUACAGGUACACCAAAAGGCUGCGAGCUGACUCAUGAGAACGCUGUGCAGGCGCUUCUUGCUUUCCAGCGCUUGUUUACCGGACAUUGGGAUACAGAGUCGCGAUGGCUUCAGUUCGCGUCGUUCCACUUCGAUGUUUCAGUUCUUGAGCAGUACUGGAGUUGGUCGGUCGGCAUAUGCGUCGUUUCAGCACCUCGGGAUCUCAUCUUUGAAGAUCUAGCAAAGACCAUCUCUGAUCUCAAUAUCACGCAUAUCGAUCUGACGCCCAGUCUUGCCCAGAUUCUCCAUCCGGAUGACGUACCCAGUCUUUGUAAGGGCGUCUUUAUCACCGGUGGCGAAAGCCUGAAACAAGAAAUUCUCGACGUGUGGGGUCCAAAAGGCGUAAUCUACAACGGUUAUGGGCCAACCGAGGCAACGAUAGGAUGCACCAUGUUCCCGCGCGUUCCAGCCAAUGGAAGACCCUCCAAUAUCGGCCCUCAGUUUGACAAUGUGGGGUCUUUGGUUCUUCAUCCCGGGGAUGAAGUACCUGUCCUACGAGGUGGCGUAGGCGAACUCUGUGUUUCAGGAAAACUUGUUGGCAGAGGCUACCUCAAUCGCCCAGAGCUAACUGCAGAGCGCUUCCCUCACCUCGAACGUUUAGGUGCGCGUGUGUAUCGGACCGGUGAUCUCGUUAGGAUCCUACAUGAUGGCACAUUCCAAUUCCUUGGGCGAGCAGAUGAUCAGGUCAAAUUGCGUGGCCAACGCCUCGAGGUAGCCGAGAUUAACUCCGUCAUCAAGCAGUCCAGCUCAGCGAUCUCUGAUGUUGCAACGCUAGUACUGAAGCACCCAAAGCAGCAAAAAGAGCAACUGGUUGCCUUCCUUGUGUGUGGCAAACUCUCCAGGGCACAACCUCAGGUGCAGCUAGGCGACGUCGAGGCGAUGGGGAUCGCGAAGGAAGCCUGUCAUGAGAAACUACCUCCAUACAUGAUUCCCACGCACUUCGUUCCUCUCUCUACGAUGCCAUUGAACAUCAAUAACAAGGCGGAUGCCAAAAAGCUCAAGGAGCUUUACGACGCACUUUCCUCUGGCGAUCUGCAAGCAAUAUCAGCCACUUCAAACGAGAAAGACGAAGUUUGGUCGGAGCAUGAGAAGAAGCUUUGUCAAGUACUCUCUCAAGCUCUGGGUGUUAGCGAACAAUCUAUCAGUAAGGAUGCUAGCUUCUUCGAGAUGGGCAUGGACUCGAUCUCCGUCAUCGGUAUAUCGCACACACUCAAGCAGUCAGGCUUCGCAAGUGCUACUGCAUCUGUAGUAAUGCGAUGCCCGACUAUUCGACGUCUCGCCAAAGCCCUGGAAGCUGGUGGCCCCACUGAUGAGGCUCAUGGAUCUAUACUCGCAGCACAACAAGCUAUUCACGCAGUGCAGCACCGCUACAAACGGUCUGUCGCACAAUCACUCUCUAUCGAAUCCAGCGUCAUCGAUGUCGUCGCGCCAUGUACUCCUUUGCAACAAGGCAUGAUUGCAAGAUCUCUGGAGAGCGAGAACGGACUCUAUUUCAACACUUUCCGUUUCAAGCUAGACGACAGCAUCGAUGAACGCAGACUUGACGCCGCAUGGAAUAAGGUGCACGCUUCAAUUUCCAUACUUCGUACGGUCUUUGUCAACACAGAGGAAGGUCACGUGCAGGUAGUUCUCCGUGCUCCUGCCUACACUGGAAUGAUACACACUCCAGUCAAAGAGCAGCACCUUGCCAAAAGCUUGGAAUUGUUAAGACAACGCUGGCUAGGGCUGAAUCAACCGGACUUUACCCGCCCUUUCGAGAUACAUCUCAUUACCACACCAACGCAGAAGCUGCUGUCUGUUCAUAUCUUCCAUGGACUCUACGAUGGCAACAGCAUUGAGCUCAUCUUCCGGGCCGUCUGGGACGUCUACAACGAUAGGGAUCUACAAUUGCACGCACCUGCCUUCCAUACUGCGCUUGCUCAUGGCCCGCUCAGCAUCCCUAACGGGGCGAAGGAGUUCUGGCAGAACCAUCUGGAUAAACAAACCCUUCAUUUACCCACCAUUUCUGGUGAGGCUGUUCAAGAAGCUGUAGUUAUUACACGUACACUGCCUGGGUUGACCGGCUUUGACUCUGUGCGACGCCAACUUAAUGUUACAGCACAAGCUAUUGCCCAAGCUUGCUGGCUCAGUGUACUUUGCGAGCACGUCAAAGGAGCCGUAACGGCUGGAAUGGUCGUCUCUGGACGCAGUAUCGAUCUUGAAGGUGCGGAUCGCAUCAUAGGGCCAAUGUUCAACACCAUCCCCUAUCAGCAUUGCGCUCAGCGUGGCGAAUCUUGGUCAUCGGCAAUCAAACGAGUGCACGAUUUCAACGUUGGAGCUCAUCCUCAUCAGCACACUCCACUGAGAAAAAUCAUGAAGUGGUGCAAAAGAACUCCGAGCCAGCCUCUCUUCGACAAUCUCUUCGCGUACCAAAUCGCACAGGGAGGUGACGGAUGGGCAAAAAACGAUGCUUGGGAGAUCCUAGACAAUGACACUGUUGCUGACUACCCACUGGCUCUCGAGGUUGAGCAACGGAGGGGUGAUGUAUUCAAGUUGACAUUGGUUAGUCAAGAUCAUGUCGCACAUGAGUGUUUGGCGAAUGAGCUUCUUGAUCGGUUCGAAGAAGCAUUGCGACAGGUCUUAGUAGAUCCGUCUACUAUUCCUGCGGUGACCUUUGAAGAUGGAGCGAUGCAAAACAGUAUACUAUCCGCAAAUGGAAAGAUCAGCAACGGCGACAAGACGAGCGAUUUUGAAUGGACGAGCGAUGCCAUCAAGAUCAAAGAGGAGACUGCUCAACUAUCGGGUCUUGAAUAUUCCAGCAUCAACGAAAACACCUCCAUCUUUGAACUUGGACUCGACAGUAUUGACGCCAUCAAGUUAUCAUCCAAGCUCAAGAAGCGCGGAGUGACCAUUCCCGUAAGCGGCAUCAUGCGCGGGCUGACCAUUGCGAAAAUGGUACAACUCAUCUCGCCCACGGAAACGUCAGCUGAAGCGACUCUUCAGCCAAACCUUGACGCCUACAAAAGAUCAAUGAAGAGGCAUCUCGAACAGCAUGCGUUUAACAACACCGAUGUUGAGGAAGUUUUACCCUUGACACCCUUGCAAGAAGCUAUGGUGGCUGAGAUGAUUGCGUCAGACUACACAAGAUACUACAACCAUGAUGUACUCGAACUGGAUCCCAAUACAGACGUCAAAAAACUCCAAGAGGCCUGGACAACAGUCGUCGCUGCGUCACCAAUCCUACGGACUGGCUUCGUAGAGGUAGAUGACCCGGAACUCGACGAUUCUUUCGUACAGGUCGUCCACAAACAACAUCAUGACUUCUGGACGCAUAUCGAAGUAGAGGGCAGGCCCGACUUUGCCUCAAUCUUCCGUAAACUUCGACAUGAUUCCCUACAGAAGUCGCUUUCGACACCCCGCUUCCACCUUAGCUUCGUGGAGACAUCUGGCCAGUGCUACCUUAUUCUCUCCAUUGCUCAUGCUCUAUACGAUGGAUGGUCUCUUGGAUUACUGCAUUCUGACGUGCAACGAGCUUACGACGAUGAGUUCACCCCUCGCCCAAGCUACGAGGCUUCUCUGAUCAACAUCGUCACAACGUCCGUGUCUGCUUCCACGGGCUUUUGGCAAGAUUAUCUCUCGGGGGCCAUUACAAGCUCUUUCCCCCGACGAACAGACAUCUCUAGCGAAACUGGCAGCCAUGUUCAUCGCCACGAACGAAACAGCGCAGUGGUACUAGAUGAGCUCCAGACGUUCGCGAGAAGGCGUAAUGUGUCAUUACAGACUAUCGGCCAAACCGUCUUUGCUCUCGUUACUUCUCUCUACACCAACAGUCUGGAUGUCACCUUCGGCUCUGUACUAUCCGGAAGAGACGACGAGGAGCGAUCUCAACUAAUGUUUCCCACUAUGAACACGAUCGCGAUACGGUCAGUCCUGCACGGAUCUGGAGGAGACAUGUUGCAUUACAUGCAAGACAACUUCACAAACAUCAAGCAGUGGCAACACUACCCACUUCGGAAAGCCCUAUCGGCAGCAGGUGUUGAUGGAAGACUGUUCGAAAGUCUAUUCAUCUACCAGAAGGGCUUCGCGUCAGAGGAAGAGGAGGGACAGAGGCUGUACACCAGCAUCGAGGGUCAUAGUGACGUUGAGUAUCCGGUGUGUGUAGAAAUGGAGGCAAUGGACAAGAGCUUGGUUUGGCGUUGUGCGGUGAAAGAGGAAGUAUUCGACGAAGAGGCUUCAAAACAGCUCCUCGAUCGAAUGGAUGACGUGCUUAGACACUUGAUGGAACAUCCAGAGACAUCUGUAAUUGAGGUCACUACGAACGGCACAUCAGUAUGCGGUAUGCCGGCUUUCAAGCAGAGACAAAGUCGUGCGACAAGCAGCCAUGAGGUAGUUGACGACGAAGACGCUAGGGAUCCACCAAGCACCGAAACAGCUCGCAAGAUACGCGAGUCUCUGGCCUUUGUGUCGAAGACACCCGAAGAUGAGAUGACGAGCGGCAUGACAAUAUUUCACAUGGGGCUGGACUCUAUCAGCGCGAUCAAGGUCUCUUCUCUUCUGCGCAAACAGGGCAUCAUCCUCGGCGUUGGUGAGAUGCUCCGAGCUGGUACGAUUAAACAGAUGGCAAGUCUUGUGGAUUCGCGCACCACACAGCAGCUGGAAACCAGUGCCAAUCCUCAUGAAGUGGUCCGGGAGGCUCUCAAAGAUCUCGAUAGAUCGCACAUCCUAGACCGGGCUCAUAUCGACGAUGCAAGUGUCGCAGAAAUUCUACCAGUCACCGCCGGACAGCUAUACAUGCUGUCGAUGUGGCUAAAUAACAAAGGCAGCAACUUCUACGCCGAGUUCACAUACGCUAUCUAUGGAGGUAUUGGUCUCAACGACCUCAACAAUUCGUGGCACGCCCUGGUUGCGACAAGUCCGAUUCUGCGGUCCUCCUUCGUCACGACUGGCGAUCAUCAGAUACCCUACGUAGCAGUCGUGUUGAAAGAUCUGGAGAGCUCUGUCACAGAUAUCACUGGCUGCACACAUGACGAAAUCCGCCAGCGCGUCCAGACUACAACGACCAUGCAGCCUUGGGCCUACCUCUUCGCCUCACAAACUUCCAGCGGCUGGGCGUUGAAGCUGAAGAUCCACCAUGCAUUGUACGAUGGUGUCAGCUUACCUCUUUUGAUGCAGAAACUGCAAGCCAUUUGCAACGGCGCUGAAGUCGAUCCGCCAGACAAUACACUUGCCCAGAUGGUCGCUAAAGGGUACGGGACAUCGGAAUUAGAGAAGAAGAAGAGCUUCUGGACUCGGUAUCUCGUGGACUUUGCCCAGAAGCUCUUGAUGCAGCCUGCUGAGAGCCCCAAAACAAGGACACAGCUCUUCAAGCCAGCCUUGUUCGCAACGCCCAACCUGGAGGCAGCUGCGCGCCAACGUGGUGUUUCAACGCAGUCCAUCUUCCUCGCUGCGUACGCAAAGGUUCAUGCUGCGAACACAUCGGGCACUGCAGAUGAAGACGUGAUCAUUGGUGUCUACUUGGCCAAUCGCUCGCUGCCUAUCAAUGGCAUUGCCUCGGCUGCUGUACCAACAGUCAAUCUACUACCACUACGUGUCAGUAAGCCGCUCAAACGCCAGAUGGUAGAGAUGGCUGAGGAUAUCCAACGCGACCUGCAAGAAAUCAGUGAGCCCAUGAACGCUUCUGCUAGCCUCUUCGAGAUCAGCGAAUGGACAGGUGUCAAGGUUGACACUUUCGUAAACUUCCUAUCUCUGCCGGAUACUCCAGAGGCGGAGGGAGAGGCCCAGAAUAAGGACUCAAUCACUAUCGAACCGACUCAACAAUGGGAGCAGUCGGUCAGUAGGGUGACCGAAGUGGAGGAGCACAGCUUGGAACCACCUGCUGAACUGGUGGACGAGCGUGUCAAUGGCGCAUAUUUGCAUGCUAUCGAUAUCGAGGCGACCAUCCGCAAUGGCGCCUUAGAUGUGGGCGUCUUCGCACCAACCGCGAUGCUGAGCCUUCACGAUGGCGAAGAGCUGAUAAAAGAGCUGAGGAGACAGCUCGAAACGCUCUGA